AUGCUCGCCCCAAUCCGCCUCUCCCUCGCUGCUCGUCGUGCCAUCCUCCCCAGCCCCCUUCGCCUUCCCCCCGCCCUCCACGUGCAGUCAUUCUCCUCCACCUCCUAUCUCUUCGCCCAGAAGGAAGACAACAAGAGCGACAAGCCUCAAGCUGCCCACUUUGCAAAAGACAAGCCCCGUCCAGUCUCCUCCGGCAAGGCAGUAUCAGAACAUGCCGUUGAAAAGGCCCCUCCAGGCCUGCCUGAAGAUACCGCAGCGCAAGGCGGCGGUCGCGGUCUAGGCCUCACCAUCGCCCAAUCUCUCCUCGAAUCCGGCGCCAACGUCGUCUGCCUCGACCUCCUCGCCACACCCUCCGAGCCCCAAUGGUCCCACGAGCUCCAGACCGCCUCAUCCUCCUCCCUUUCCCUCAAAUACAUCUCUCUCGACGUAACCGACCAAUCCUCUGUCACUCGAACUUUCCAGCAGAUCUUCGACGAAGCGCCUGCCGACGCGCCAGUGAGGGGUUUGUUCGUAGCAGCGGGCAUACAGCUCAUGCUCCCCGCUGUCGACUAUCCGGUGGAGAAGUUUAGGAAGGUGGUGGAUAUCAACCUUACCGGUUCUUUCCUCUGCGCCCAAGCUUUCGCCAGGGAGCGAUUCGCCCGUUUCCCUUCUGCCCCCUGGGAGGGAGGGGGAUCUAGCAUAGUCUUUACGGCGAGUAUGAGCGCCCACGUAGCCAACAAAGGGCUUGAUUGUGUGCCGUAUAACGCGAGUAAAGCGGCGGUGUUGCAGAUGGCGAAGAAUCUGGCGUACGAGUGGGGUCAGAAGGGGGUUCGAGUCAACACUUUAUCUCCCGGCUAUAUCAAGACUGCUCUCACCGCCGCACUCCUUGACGAGAAACCCGAAUUGAAUGAUACAUGGUUACAAGGAUCCCUCCUCGGUCGUCUCUCCACCCCCGACGAAUUCAGAGGUCCUGUGAUAUACCUCCUCUCCGACGCGAGCUCAUUCAUGACCGGCGCCGAUUUGUUGAUUGAUGGCGGACAUUGUGCCACAUAG